CUUCAUCGGCACUAUAGUGCCCUGCGAGUGACGCCAAAUGUCAACAGUAAUUUUGGAAAUGUAAUUUCUUUUUAUAUUUAAGAAAAAUUAAUUACCAUUGUAAUUAAUUAAAGAGAAUUUAAUAAUAGAACAGCACAAUUUAACUUAUACGAUAAAGGAAUAUUAGUCAAAAAAUGAGAAGUUAAUUUUGGAUGACAUAACCUACUUUUUCUUCUCACAGUUUAAACAGGAUUAAAUCAAUUAUCUCAACCGGAAAAAUUAUUAUCUGAAAUGGACUAUAAAAUACUUUUGAAAAAAGUUCUUUACAACUACAAAAUUUCAAAUACAUAUAGAUGCAGAAGAAGAUCACAAAAAAUGUUAUUAAUGAAAACCAAAUCCGAAACAAACAAAUUUAUUUUUUGGAUGCUGCAGAAAAAUUUUAGAGGGGGGAAGGGAGGAAAUCACGUGUAUGAGUUUCCGGCAUCCUUCAAAUAUUUCAAGGUCGGACCUCUCACUAUAACCUGUUGAAGAACAGAAAGGGGAAUCUUGAAGGAUAAAAAAAAAAACUUCUCCUGAAAGCCGUGAGUGAAAAGGGCCAUUAGAAUUAACUUGAAAAUACAGUGUUUUCUGCAGCGGAAUGUGCCUCGAAGUACAUGGAUCGAUGAACUCUCUUGGAAUUGCGUUGAAUGACCCGGAUUGACGUUAGGAAGGACAGCGUUAUCCAAAAUAGAAAGUCGAUGAACCAGCACCAAAGACAAGGUGCGAAUUCGUGACCCAGGUGUGGAAAAAAAAUUGCAAUUCUAAACAAAAAGAAACAAAGAAAUUAGGAAAAAUAAACAUUUUUCCAAAAGAAAAAGAAAAAUCCCCCCCCCCCCAAAAAAAAGUGAGAAAUAUUUGAAAAAGAAGAUUGACUCAAGUUAUGUAAAUUCAGCAUCUUUCUCUCUCUCUCUCUCUUUCUCUCUCAUCCUUGUGAAGGGCCAGAGAGAAAAGACCUUACCGACUGACCCAGAAUUAUUCCAACGUUGACCCCAGUGUGUGUGAGGUGGUUUUUCUGAAAUGGAACGCGGCACAGCCCGAAGCUAAAUUAGCCGUGAUGUCCAAUAAGAAUAAGAGUCAGCAGCAACAGCAACACGUGAUCAAGUCAGUUGAUCAGGUGCCACCGCGUUAUCAGCCGCCUCCACAGCCAAGUUCAGGAAUUCUUAAAAAUCAUUUGCAGCAUUUAAACGCUGGUCCUUCUGCACCCAACCUUAAUCAACAACAACAACAAUUAUUACUUCAAUCAAGAAACGUUCCGCCUAAAGAUGCGCAGGGAAAAAUCAUCCCAAAGAUAGAGCAUCAACAACAAAGUGGAAAUAAAUUAGCUCAAUUUCCUCAAACAAAAAUUAUUGGACAAGGUCAAUUAUUACCGCCAAAUAGUCAAUAUCCAAUAGUGCCACCAUCUAGGCAGAGAAUCAGCGACGAGGAGUUCCUUCGAUUGGGACCCCUGGAGAUGCUGAAAUUCGUUAGAAAGACUGAGGGUGACAUUGCUCGAGUUGCCGCUGAACAAAAUCGUCAAAUACAAACACUGCUCGCUGAAUUACGAACACUUAAAGAAGCAAAUCAAAGAUUAAGUGACGAUAAUCAAGAACUUCGUGAUCUUUGUUGCUUUUUGGAUGAUGAUCGUCAAAAGGGACGUAAAUUGGCACGCGAAUGGCAAAGAUUUGGACGUUAUACGGCAAGUGUAAUGCGUCAAGAGGUAUCAGCUUAUCAAAAUAAAUUACGACAAUUGGACAAUAAACAACAGGAAUUGAUUAAGGAUAAUUUAGAAUUAAAAGAACUUUGUUUAUAUCUUGACGAGGAAAGAGGAGGUGGUCAAAGAGACGAUGGCGAUGGAUCAAGUUCAAGUACAAAUGCUGAAGAGACUGCACCACCAAGAACGAGGCACACUUCUGUUUUUAAUGAUCAAACAAUGCAAUAUGUGAGAAGUUUAGAGCAACGUGUGAAACAAUUGGAGGAAGACAAAAGUAUUCUUCAAGCACGAGCACAAGGAUGGGAAGCGGGUCCAGGUGAUGUAUGGGAGAAUUCAAAUAGUCCAGGGGGAAAUCCCUAUCUCGGCAGUCGACCGGAAGCUGUUGUUCGAGCUCUUCAAGUUCUCGAAGUGAGAGAACAACUCGAAAGAGAAGAAGGACACGAUGGAGAAAAGGCAUUAGUUCGCGAAAUGUGUAAUGUGGUUUGGCGAAAAUUGGAAGAAGGUCCCCAAACGAGGCACUAACGAGAGAAAUAGAAAUUAAUUAGAAAUGCCGUAUUCUGUCAAAUAAUGACAAAUUGCCGAAUUAAGUAUUAUAAAAAUCGAGAUAUUUUUAAUUAUAUUUAAAAGUUUUUAUUUAAGUCUUUUUAUAAAAGAAAAUGAGAGAUUUUUAUAUACGUUUUUACUAAGUAAAGACUUACCACUUCCUUUGGAAGAAAAUGUAAUUUUUUUAUAUAUAGAGCUUUUUGAGCAUUGUUACUGUAAAAAUCGAUUGUUAUAUAUAUAUAUAUUUUUUUUAUUAAA